AUGGCGCCCGGCGGGCUGAAAGCAGAGGCCGGGGCCGCGCGGGCGGAGCUUCGGGGCCCGCCCCGUUCCCUGGGCAACGGCGACGCCGAGCCCAGCAGCAUGGCGGCGGCGGGGCAGGAAGAAGACCAAGAUCAGGAUGCUGUAGGUGGACAGAAGACUAUUAAUCAUACAUUUCUUUCUUUUUCGCAAAUUACUGCUUUGUCAGAACAAAAUGUAGAAGGACUUCAAAAAAAGCUGGCAGAGUUUCUGAAUUUUAAACAAUUAAAGACAUCUUUGAAGGAAGCUAUUCUGCUAGACUAUUAUACUGCAGGAUUUUGUUGGGCAAAAGAAAUGAAUUUCAGUCUCAUGCAGAUGUCACAAUACAUGGAUCUCUUAAACUUCCUGUUAGAGAACCUCAGUGACAAACAUAUGGCCUUAGAAGAUAACAUAAAGGAACUUGGAAGAGCAAUGGCUGGAAUAGGAGAAACUGAUUCAGAUAGAAGUGGUAACUUGGAUAUCUUCAGCAUUGACCAAGCCAAAGCAAUCAUUGAUUACAUGAAUAUCAGCUUAUUUCGACUCUAUAAAUUGUAUGAAUAUAUCUUCCACAGUCCUAGAGAGGAACAUGUGAUAAGUAAUGAGGUCACAUGCUGAUGGUCUUCUACAGU